CGCAUCGUCCAAGUCGAAUAUCCUGGUGCCUGUCUCACUGUCUCGAGGCGAGCGAAGACUCGGCGUGUAGUGCGACAGACUCUUGCCUUACCCCUGCUCCCUCUCGGCCUCCUUCAUCCUAAAGCAGCCUCAUCACCUCGCGUCACCUCGGUUGCUCGCGAGCAGAGGCGGGACCCCGAGUCACACUCACCACCAUAGUGCUUGAUCGUAGACUUGCUCAUCGACCUAUCGAAUCUCAAUUGUGGCCCAACAUGCUCGCAUCGCCGAUGUUUGCGAUUGCCAUACUUAUCAGCUCGCGCUCGCUUGUUGCAGCCGAAGGUGGCAAGAUCUUCUACUUCCAAGAUGAGCGCAUUCCCUGGUCUGGCCAAGGAGACGGAACCUCCUACUCCAAGUCAACAGAGGGCAAUGCCUGUCUCUUACCGCAGCGACACGACCAAAGAUUCGCUGCAUUUUCUGGCAAGAUCUGGAAUCGAAACCUGUGCGGCGCUUGUGCUCGUGUCACUUCACUCGAUACGGGAAGAUCGAUCGACGUACAACUCAUCAACGAGUGUCCAGAGUGUCUCGAGGGAUCGCUGGACUUGUCGGACGCCGCUUUUGCUGCUAUCGACGAUCCCGUCAAAGGCCGCGUCCAGAUCAGAUGGCACUUGGUAGACUGUCACCAGGCCAGACUAGUUCCAGAAAACUACUACGUCAGAUACAAGACUGGCACGACUCAGUACUGGGGUGCGGUGCAGGCAGUCAAUAUUGGCAAACCUAUCGUGGGCAUGUCGGUGAGGCCGCUCGGAUCGGGCGCUCCCUGGAAGCCUCUUGUCAGAACAGACUACAACUUCUGGAGUACCUGCAAGAACGGCGGACCUCUCGGCAAGCCCCCUCUCGAGUUCCGAAAGACGUUCAAUGACGGCGAGCAUUCUUAUGCUAUCUCUCACCGUUUCAAUACGGUCAAUGUCAAGCGCGAUGAUCCGUAUAGCGGUGUCCCGGAGGUUGUCCGUCGAGCGCUCUUCAGCAACUUCAGCAAUACGACAAGCUUCACGGACUUAGAUCAGGAGCCCUUCAACACGCCUCACAGAGUUCACCAUGUGCGAGAGAAAAUGACCUCAGCGCGCAAGGGCAAGGCUGGCCAUGCUCGUGGUCCACAUUAGCCACACAUCAUUAUGGCCUCAAUGAGAAGUUGGCUGGCCACUUCAGAAUGCAUUGCUUUUUCAUCUUCGGUCAUCGAAGCAUUGUCGUCAUCGAGCGUCCUGCGCUAGAACUCGCCAAUGUUGAAGCUAUUGCUUUGAUAGACUACUCUCGCGUCAAAUCAAUGCAGAUCGUGCGUGGAGAGGACGUACUCUUCGUUGUGCCGUCUGCGAAUGUGCCUCUGUAGGUCCAUGGACCUGGGCCGAACGAGC